UUGGUAGGCGCUGGGGGAGGACGGCGCAUGGUGGUGACGUGAGGCUGGGACACAUCAGUGUGUGUGGCUGAGCUCCGAGAGCGGUCUCCGGAGCUGAGGUCGAAGCUGUUGGCUGCUCACCUCCUCCCAAAACUGUGUUUCCAAGUGCAGUAGUAAGUCUGGGAGCUGACCUUGCCUGUGAAGACUGAGACUGAAGCAAGACAAUUGAGUUGCAAAGUUGUAGUAAUGGGAAGAAGCUACUUUGUGGAAGAAACUGUUGGACAGUAUCUUUCAGACCUCAGCACCAAGCCAAAGGUUUAUGCCACUGGCCUGCUGAUAGGACAGUGCUCUCCACAAAGAGAUUAUGUGAUUUUGGCUGUUAGAACACCUCCAAAAGAAGAGCAAAAUGAAACCUACUGUCCUACAAAAUUGACUGAUAUUGAUGAAGAAUGGGUGACAACACAUGCUAGUCAGGUGUCUAGAAUGCUCCCAGGAGGAUUGUUAGUUCUUGGGGUAUUUAUUAUUGCAACUCCAGAGCUGGCAAAGGACACCCAGAAUGCUUUGCGCAAGCUAGUUUUUUCAGUACAGAAGUCUGUGACUAAAAAGAGGCUCUGGAAUUUUGCUGGGGAGGAGGUCCUGGACAGAGUGGUUCUUCAAGUUUGCUCUACUACAAAAAAACUAGUUUGUCGAACCUAUGAUGUACAAGAUGCAAAGAGUUCAGCUAAACCAGCAGAUUGGAAAUACCAAAGUGAUGUUUCUGCUUUCUGGCUAUCUUUGAACUGCACAGUUAAUGUUAAUAUCCAUAUUCCACUUCCUGCAACAUCAGCCAACCAUGAAUUAGAGAAAAAUACAAGGAAUGGGUUAACUCGGUGGGCAAAACAGAUAGAGGAAGGUGUUUUUCUGAUUAAUGGGCAAAUUAAAGAAGAGGAUGCAGAGUUAUUGGAAGGACAAAAAAAGUCAAGGGGAAAUAGUCAACCCAGUAUUCAAGCCUUUGAUGUCAAGGUUCUGACACAGCUGUCCCAGAGUUCAAGUCACAGAUCCACAGCUACUGUCCAGGUCUGCAGAGGCUCCAUAAAUCUUAAAGGUGCUAUCAAAUGUAGAGCUUACAUUCAUAAUAACAAACCAAGAGUUAAAGAUGCAAUCCAGGCUUUGAGAAGAGAUAUAAUAAACACGCUCUCAGACCGUUGUGAAAUAUUGUUUGAAGACCUGCUUAUAAAUGAAGCACCUGGCAAAAAAAAUCUCAAGAGGGAGUAUCAUGCCUUGCCUCAGAGAGUGUUUGCCCCCAUUGCUGGAUCCAGUGUGACACUAUGUGAUUAUAAAUUUGGAGAUGAGUCAGCUGGGGAAAUCCAAGAGCGGUUUGUUGAGAUGCUGGAUCAAGCUGUGCAUGCUGAGGAUAUACAUGUAGCAGAGGAAAUGAACAUGGUUGAUAUUAAUCCAAUUAUGGACAACACGGAUGAUGUGCAGCAGAAGAAGCUAGCAAAAGCAACGGUGUUGUUAAAACUUCAACAAAGCUUGGGUGUGGUAAUGGGGACUGUAAUCGCAGUCAUUGCAGUUGCCUUCUCUUUUAGCUACUUCAGUGACUAGACUCCAAGCAAAAGCAGAAGUCUGAUCCUCAUGGGAAAAAUUUGACCAGUAUUCAUAUCUAUACAAAAUAGAAACCUGUAGAUUAAAUAUCAGUAAUGUAAUAUGUUACCUAAAAAUUACAAGUAACAUGUGUUUGUAAAUAGUAGUGAUGCAUGCAGCUGUCUUGUUUUAACAUUCAAAAUAGUGAAGGUGGGUCCAAUUUCAAGGAAAUUAGAGCUCUGUAUUGUUGAUGGGGAAAUUACCUAUAAAAUAGCUUCUUAUCCAGAAAGAAUGAUCUUUUUAAAAGUAAAUUUCCUUUUUUCUGAGUAGCUUCUAUUAAAGAUUAUAUAUUAAGAGACUUUAUCAAAGCUGGUAAAGCUUAACAUUUGCCUUAUUUGAGGAACCUCAUUUGGCAGGUCCUGGAUUUGACACUAAUAUGUUAAAUUGCUAUUAGAUUAAAAGGAGAGAAAUCCUGGCCACCUCAAGUCAGAAAGAUUGACUUGAAUGGGCCAAGAGUUUGCUGAAUAUAUAUUCCCUGAGCACACCUUGCAAAUACACAUGUAGAGUAAUAGCCUCAAGAUCCUGCUUUUAGAUUAAUCCAAACUGUACAGAUUUUUUUACUCAAGAUGUAUAGAGUCUAGAAAAUAAUAAAACAGUUAAGUCUCUAAGAUGCAUGCAGAAAUACGUAUGCAUUCCUAUUCAUGUCUCAAAAAAAAUUAACUUAACUUUCCUAUUGAAAUAUUCAGCUAAUGUCAUUCUGAUUUGCCAAAAACAAGCACAAGGUAUUAAUUGGUUAUAUAACAUGAACAAUUAUUUAAUACAUUUUAGAAGCUGAUCAGUAAUUAAUAUCUUAAGUUAUGAAUAAGAGAGGUCAACCUACCUUGUUUGCAUGGUGAGACGCUCUUUAGGCAUGUGUGGUAGGCAGAAUGAUUGUUUUCCCACCCAAAAAAAGAUUGAAACAGAAUUAGUAGGGGUUGCCUCUUAUAUGGGAGAGGUUGAAAUUCAAAUUCAUCAGAGUUUCCAUGGAGGCUAAUAUUACAACAAUAUUUAACAUUCAUAUUUUUCAGCUUCAUUUGGUUUUGAAAUGCUAAGGUACUAGACCUUACAGGGGAAGAAUAGGAAAGUUUUGGGCUUGCAACAGAAUGGAACGUUCAACUUGGAAUAAAGUGUAACUAUAAAAAGCUAAGGCUCUUCUGAAUUUUGCUUUCUGGAAGCAAUAAGCCCAGGAACAGUUAAUUUUCUAUACUUGGAAGUCUUCAGUUAUUUCUCACUGUGGAUCAAAAAAAGCUGAACUGAAACUUUUUAAAAAGCAAAAUGAAGUUAUGCAAGUACUUCCUUCACUAAAUUCUAGUGCAGUGGCUCUCCACUGGGGAGCCUACAGAAGUUCUGCAGGGGUGCUGUGAUGCAUCGCAGAAGCAGCAGACAUGUUAAACUGCCUUGCACACUCCUACUCCUCCUGCAUUAGGAACCUAAGCCUAAAGCAAGCAGGAGCUGCCUUAUGCUGUGUAGUCAUUCCUGGUUCAGCCCCCCUUGGCCCCCCCCCCCCCAUGCCUGUCCUGGAAACAGAGGUGUGCAGAAAGUUCUACCUACACAUGUCUGGUCCUGGGAGAAGAGUAGGUAGGGUUGGACUGGGAAAGACCACACAGCACAAGGGAGCUCUAGGCUAAUCAGAGUCCUAAUGUAGCACAUGUGCCACAGCCUUUCCCAGACUGGCUGUGUUGCGAGUGUGUGGGGUGCUUUUAUCUGGAGGCAACAGAAUCUGGUUGAGAAUCACUGAGGCAAGUUAAAGCAAUGCCAACUGUGGUUCAUAACUAGGUCACCGUCACGUGAAAAAAAAUGUGGGAGAUAUCCCGACUCUGAACAGGUUGAGAACUACUGUUCUAGUGAAACAUCAAAUCUAAACACUUAAAGAAGUUGUUUCUAAUUCCACCAAGUCAGCAAUUUAACAUUUGCUGGUUAAAACCUUAUUAAGCAACUAUGGUAUGCUCCUUUAUGACCCUUAUGAAUAUGGCCCUUUUCUGCUCAGUGCUUUGUUUGAAUGGACCUACCUGAAGGCAGGAGGAGGAAACAAAGCCUUUAGACAGGAGUGGAAGGUAAUCUUGCAGCAAAUUUAUUUUGCAAAUAAGUGCAGUUUCAUGGGGUCCAUAGGCAAAAUAGCCUAUGACAAAUGGAUCUUUAUGACCCAUGAUGGAAAUGAAUUCCCUAUCCUUCUUUCAGCUGCCUUUUAUUUCAAAAACUGCUCCUUACAGUCUGCUCUCUUCUCCUAAGAGAAUGGUGGAAAGGAAGGAGCAAAUCAGUUUCUCGCUGAUAAAAUAAUGGUUGUAUGAUUUUUCUCCCCCUCCCCCCAUGUGAUUAUUAAGAGGAGCUCAAAUUUGGAUUUGAUUGUCAAAGAGUUCUCUUCUCUCUCAGUACUGCCUCAGGUUAGGAAACCAAUUUGGAAUCCUAACCCCCACAGUUUAUAAAAGAAGGGAACGGUUGCCUGAACAUUUAUUCACAUAAGCACCCUAACUAUGGCCUUUGAUUUUCCCUCCAUCAGAAAUAAGUCUGAGUUUUCCAAAGCCUAGGUUUUGUUAAGAGAAACACGAAUAUGUAUAAAUGCAUACAUGCACAUGCGUAAAUCCACAUAUGUGAUACUAGGCUUACAUGCAUAGGCUUAGGAGGAAAAAAAACUGUUGUACAUUUGCCUGUAGUAUGUACUUAUUUAAACAUAAUGUAAACUGCAUUCCUUAAGUACACACUGCUGUCAGUGUGGAGGUAUUAGCAGCCUCAGAACGGACUGUUUUGAAGGUUUGAAAAUAAGCAGUGCUGAUCAAUUUUGGGGCUGCUAAUACCACAACACUAACAAUAGCAUGCCCAUUUGUUUCCCCUGUAUACUCUUGUGCUCCCUUUGUUAAUGUUUUGCAAACUUUAAGCCUAUGCCAUUAUCGUCUUGCACGAUUGUGAAAUGUCAGGCAAAGUUUUUGGUGAUUUAGUGAUUCAACACUCCAGUUCUAAAACUGGUGAAGUAUAAGGCUAGAAAGACUUGCAUAAAUAUAGCACUUCUUGAGAAGUCUAGAAGUGUAAAACUUGACCCUGGGUGGUAUUUGAGCCUUUCUCAUAAGGUUUAUUUGGUGGAUAAGUCUUCUAUGAUGCCAAGAACUUAGUGUAUUGUGUAACAGUGGUAGUCACUCUAAUCUGACUGUUAGCUAUAGACUAAAAUUAGAUUUUAAAAUUAGACCUUUGCGGCUGGGUCACAGCAUCCAUGAGAACCGCUGGCUCCUACUGGGGGUGGGUGUGGCAAUGGGUAUGUAUGAGUGUGUGUGGGACAGGUAAUUUCUUACUCAAUAAAUCAUAAAGAUCUAUUUGUUAAAUAGGAAGGGUACUACCCCUAUUCUCUUGCUGUCAAAUGACGGAUUAUUUUUAAUUGUACACACGAUGGAUUUAUGGAAGGCUAACUCAUCAGUUUAAAGGGUUGGGAGCUGAUGGUGAGGAAGUAAAGUAGCCUAGGAUGAGACAUUUGGUCUAACACAAAAAUAAUAGUUUAUUUUCUGAGUAAUGGGGAGGGAAAAUUAAUACUUUGCUUAUUUACAAAUGAUCAAAGCAAAUUAAAUAAAGUAUUACAGGUUUGACUGUCAUUCUCAGAAGAACCAAAUUCUAUAGGAAACAGUGGGUGGCAAAAGUAGUAGGACCUGGCUUGCCUGUCUGUAGGUCAACUAUAAUUCUCCCUGUUGAAGAAUUAAAUGUGGUCUGAGAAUUGUAAUGGUACAGAAGAGGGAUUUUCCAGUGUUCUUGCAUUAGUUUCAUAGUUGCCAUUUUAGUUAUGAUGCAAGUUCUAGUUAUCUUAAGAAAAUAGAGAAACAAGCCUUUAAAGGAGAGAGAGAUCCCAGGGCUGAAAAUCAAGAAAACAAAAAAUAUAAAAGCUGCUUAUUCUUGAUUCUAUCUGUUCAGGUCCUAAGACGUGUGCUGUCUAGUCUUUUGCUAUUAAGCAAACCUUUUAUAGCAGUUUUAAUUGAAAUUUAAGGACCCCUUUCAUUUAAUUUAAGAUGUUUUUUAGACCAGAUUUACAUAUUUCUAACCACUUCUAUUCAUUAAUACACUUGCCUUUUCCAAUUAGAUUUUCCAAUGUAAGGCUUCAGUGAGAGCUUUUGGAAUUUCAAGAUUCUGAAAAUCUGGCCAGUUAUUUAAAUUAAUGUAAGUUUUGGAAGCCUGGACCCAUGUACUCAUUUAAUUAUCUUUGUCUUUUACAUACCAAGUGGUUGGUUUGACACAUUUUUGUUUAAAUAUAGAUCGUUUGAAUAAUUGAAUAUUUUAUGAGGGACUAAACAUUGUUGUGUGUUGUAAAUUGGGGAAUAACUGUUAAGUUCAGUGAAAUUACAUCCAUGUAACCUCAUAGCUAGGGACCUACCUAAAUUGAUGAGGCAGGCAGCUGAUUUUGUAGGCAGAUUGCAGGGCUGGCUGCCAUUUUUUCACAGGCUUAUCUCAGUGGGGCCCUCCCGUGCCUGUAGCCAAGGGGCCUCAGCAGCUCUAACUCUCGCUGCUGAUUGACUGAGAGGGCUGUCUGUCAUGAGGCCCCAGCCCUCACUGCUGAUUGGAGAAAGGUGGGACCACAUGACAGGCAGCCCUCUCAGCCAAUCAGCAGCAAAGGGCAGAGACUUCCACCAUCUUUGCUGUUCCCCUUUGUGUCAACAGUGCCCCCCACGCCUUCCCAGGCUGCAUGGCUGCACCCCAGCGGGGGGAGCCAGCAUUUUAUUUUUAGUAAGUAUUUAAAUUUGGGGUUUUUUGCAGACAAUAUCCAAUUUAAUGAUUUAGCAGAAAUUGUGAAUUGAGUACUUUCCUAUGCAUAGCAUGGACACAUGUUUACAUUGGUAUAAUUUGCCUUUUACACUGCUGUGAAACUGGAGUGGACACAUGAUACAGAGCCCUAUACUAGUGUAAAUCACUGAACCUAUGAUGUAAAGCUACCUUGUAAAAGAACCAAACAAAACUGGUUCAUCUGUCAUACGUCCGCAAGCUAGUUGAAUAUUUAAGCUGGUUGCUGUGGAACCUAGUGGUAAGGUACUACAGUCUGCUACCAGUCAUUUCUUUGGCUCUGAAGUUGGGUGGAACAAAGUCGUGUAAAUUAUACUGAUGUAAAUGCAUCCGAAUUUACAGUAGAAGCUACAUUGGACCUCAAAGCUCUUGUGUGGCAUUGGAUCUAUAACUUUUCACUGAUGCUUGUAGGGUGGGAUAGCAUUAUUUUACCACUGCAAAAAACAUGAAAGUUGUACUAGUCAUAAAUUACUGGCUCCCUUUUUGCCAAUGUGCCCAUAGGCAAAAAACACAUCCUUUAUUUCUCCUUUACCAAAAACCCAUGCAAAUGGAAAGAUUCUCUUUGAGUUUAAUUGGACUGAGAUGCAAGCCAUGGAGAGCAAAAAGUUUGUUUUAUGGAUUCAUUAAAUCUUAAACUUUGUUGUUCAGGAAUCUUGUGUAGAACUAUUUACAGCGUUUUGAGUCAACUCCUUCCUCUUGUUUAGUCUUUCCUGCAAAGUUGUGUAUGAAUGCCAUGAUCAAAGCUCUCGUUUCUAACUUUGAUUAUUCACAAGCUACUUCUGUUGAGAGCUGGUGCCAAACGGAUGUUUCAUUUUAAAAAUUAUGGGUUAUGGAAUUCUUAGGGAACUCCUGCUUAAGCAUGCUUCAUCUACCUAUAAAGCUGGCAUGUGAUUAUUUCUUUCUAAAUAUACCGUGUGUGUGUGUGCACGCACCCUAAAAGGAGGAGCUGAGAGCUGCUUCAUCAGGAAUAAUAACUUUUCCCCCCUUCACUCUUAAAUUCUGUCUUUUCCACAGCAGAGUUGUCUAUUUCCAGCUCUCUGCCCAAGGUGGUAAUAAUUCAUCUUAUGGUAUAACAAGACUGCAUUAGCUGAUAAUCAUUGUAAUAAUUUACCUAUUUGUCUACUCAUUCGGGUUGUAGCUUACUAACAAAUGAUAUACUGAUCAGAAUGGACAUGCAUCAGAUCAGCUGUAAUUACUGAUUAGGGAUAGAAGCGCAACAGAGACAAAUCUUUAAGAGGGGAAAGGGGCUGCUCCAGAGAAGCAUGAUGAUAGUUGAAUUAUUCUGCUAGGCAUUGCACUGAAGGAUUUGAUUAAUGUAAUAUAACAGUAUAUCUACACUUAGGAAUUUGAUACCAUAAGAAUAUAAGCACUUUUAGCUGUAUGUUAUUCAACUUGUAGGUGGAACCGAGAUGUCAGUCAUUAUGUAAUGUGAAAUACUUUUCAGUUAGGGCUUGGAUUUAUAAAGGAAUGCAAGUUAUUGGUUGGAAAGCUGGGAAGACCUCACUUGUUUUAUAUAAUUUAUUUUACAUUGCUCUUGAGUGUCGCAAACUUACAUAAUUAAUUAAUGCUUUCACUAUUAAGUUCCCAUGUUUUAAAAUGAAGACUCUCUGAUGCUUAUGUUACUUUUUUCUAAUUUGUAAAGCAGAAGUCUAUUAGUGCUUUGUGGUAACUAUGAAGGACAGCAGAAACUUCUGAGUGAAUAGAAAUCUUUUCAUCAUGUAAAUUCAUUGGGAAGCAUUUGCCACUUUCAACUGAGAUAGAAAAUGCUUAGAUGUCUGCAAGUUAGGGCAAAAAUAUAUAUGGGAACAGUAACAAAGGAAAGCUACAUGCUGGAGGACUAAGGCCUCAACAUGCAGAACUGUCACAGACACUAAUAGGAUUUCAGUCCAUGAAAUGUCUGAACAGAAAGCGAGAUUUACUAGAGUAGUUGGAUACAGUGAAUAAAAUGCAAAGCUGAAAAAACAGCAUUAGUGAUGAACAGUAAGUUAGGUUGCUAAAUAGUCUUAAAGUUUCAAUAGCCCCAGAAGUUCAGUAAAACAGGUACAAGUGUAGAAUAUAUUUGAUUUUUAUUUGGUAAUUGAACCUAUCAACCCUCCAAGCUUGUCAAGGCAUGAAACAAACCCCUGGAAUGCUAGAAAAGAUCAACAUGUGGAACACCUACUUUAUGUACUGGGCAGUUAUUGACUUUCAUGGUUUUAACUAUAGAACUUUUUUUUGCAGUGCUCCCUUACUGUGUGUGUCAGAAAAGGUCUUUCAAAGCUCUUGCUUUAUGUGUUCCCUUGUUUACAGUGUUAGGUCUCCACAAUUUUUCUUUUAAAUAAAGUUUUAAAUUUUCAGCUUGAA